AUGCUGAGGAAGAAGCUUCUCUCUGGUUUGAUGUAUAAGAAUAAGCUAAACUCACAGAGAGGCAGAAUAGUAGUCCACGGGAUAAAGAAAGAUGGUGUCCUCCGACGCAAGUCACUGCAAUGUGGAGGAGCGUGGAUGGCGAGGGAUCAUACUGGUAACGUCUUAUUUCAUAGACGUGAUGCCUUCACUCCCUCGACUUCCCGAUUGGCUGCAGAACUUCGAGGCAUCAUCUGGGUCUUGCAGAGUGCAAACGACCUGCACCUUCAUACAAUAUGCAUAGCUUCAGACCAUUCGGAAACGAUAGAGGCGAUAUCAACACCGGGUUCUUGGCCACGGUUCCGCUGCUUGUUAGAGAAAAUUGGAGCAUUGUGUAGCCUCUUUUCCUCUGUUGCUUUUGAAGUUGAGGGAGCACAUGCCAAUAUAAUAGCUCGUGAUAUUGCUAAGAGUAUGCUGAAGGAUGGGCGGUUUCAGUCCUACCUCGCUUUAGGAGGACCAGCAUGGCUUCAUCAACGUAUCGCCGCAGAAGCUUCAAGACAAGACUAA